CAGGCCCCGUCCGGGGAUCUUAGAAACCCUGCGGUCCAUCAUGAAGUUCCAGUAUAAGGAGGACCAUCCCUUUGAGUAUCGGAAAAAGGAAGGAGAAAAGAUCCGGAAGAAAUAUCCGGACCGAGUCCCCGUGAUCGUGGAGAAGGCUCCUAAGGCCAGGGUACCUGAUCUGGACAAGAGGAAGUACCUCGUGCCCUCUGACCUCACUGUUGGCCAGUUCUACUUCUUAAUCCGGAAGAGGAUCCACCUGAGACCUGAGGACGCCUUAUUCUUCUUUGUCAACAACACCAUCCCUCCCACUAGCGCGACCAUGGGCCAGCUGUAUGAGGACAACCACGAGGAAGACUACUUUCUGUACGUGGCCUACAGCGACGAGAGCGUCUACGGGGAGUGAGUGGUGGAAGCCGGCAGAUGGGAGCUCCUGGACUCGGGGCAGGGGGAGGGGCGUGGGGUGAGAGAGGGAGGGCUCCCCCGUGGAGGAGGACAGAGGAAAAAACAUCUGGAAACACGACCCUGCACACACCAUCACCACAUUUCCACACACUCAACUGAUAUUUUUUUGCUGCCUUCUCGGCCCAGGGAGAAAGCACGUCAGGACAGAGCUGGCAGAUUGGCUUUGGUAGAAAAAUGAGGAUGCCCUCUAAUCUCACAACACUACCGCGUAUUAACUUUUGUGUGAUUUCCAUAGAAGAGGCAGGAGGUGGGCAGGCUGGGGCCAGGGAUCGUGGACCACCGGUAACUUCCUGCUCUUCUUCUCUUGGGGCAGAGAUUCUGUUUUUUGACAUUUGCACAAGACAGGUAGGGAAAGGGGAGGGGAAUGUUUGAGGACUGCUGGUAGUGGACCAUUGCUGGGGACCAAAAGAGACCUAUUGUGAUGAAAGCCUUGUGACCCCCGACCUCUCCUAUCUCCACCCCUCCUCCCGAAUCCCACUUGUCAUCUCUUAAGCAUCAUGGUACCCACCCCAGUGGCGACAGUGGACCCCAGACCCAGACACUUAGAUGGAGCUCUCCUACGGCUGGAAAAUGAUAGGGGCCGGGCGUGAAGGAUAUUAGGAUUAUGAAGACAGUCUCGAUAGCAUUAAACUGGAAUUGACCCAGUACUGAGCAUCCCUGUCUAACCUGCUUUGCUCUUUGGUGCCUCUUUUUUCGCACCCCACCCUGGACUUGAAUGCGCCUCAGCCAUUUCCAGUUAUAGGCUAAAACCACUCGUCUGGCAUUUCCCAAGCUCUACUCCAUGAACAGGGACAGAGAUGAGUUACGAAUAGAAGGGUCCGAUAGGAGGUAAGACGGAUUGUCUGCACCUCCCACUCGGCCAGAAUCCUUGCUCCCACACGCACAGGAACACUCAGGGAGGGCCCGCUGCUUCCCUCCUUGGGUUUUCAUUUACCGCAGCUGCUAGUUAGGAAACGUUGAGAGGGUAGCUUUUCGUAGUUCAUGAGGAUUCUCCUCAUUCUGAUUAUUUUCAUUUCGGGGUUACAAGAUGGGGCAGCGGGGGGCGGGGGGGGGAGCAGGAAUUGCACUCAGAUAUGACAUUUCCGUUCAUCUCAGACAUAACAUUUCAGUUCAUCUCCGCCAAUGAAAACAGCCCUUCCUGUGGGGGAAAUCUGUCAGUUCUGUCAGCUGCAGGUUCUUGUAUAAUGAAGUUUAUGCUGUCAGGCCAAGGAAAUAAAAUAAUUGCAAACUUAAAAAACCUA